CAUGAGGUCACCUUCACUUUUCCGCCUCCUUUUCUUUCGUCGACAUUCCCGUCGACAUUCCCUCAUUUUCAAUUACUACUACGACAUAUCCUUUCUGCAUCGCAAUGAGUGCCCAACCUCCUCAGCCAAACCAAUAUAUCGCCUUCCUGGAAACCCUCCCCAAAGCCGAUGAAGAGCCGGACUACGUGCGGCCGUUCAUCGCCAUUGUGUGGGAGGCCUUGGCCCACUUUGGGUGGGAAACGCCGUUGAGGCGCAUUUUGGAAGAACUCGACACCCCUGUAAGUCGGGACUUCCCCAACGUCGUAACGCAGGCUCUUCUGAACGUCUACAGCGACCUGGACAGAGAGGUCCAAAGGUUUCAGUCCGGCCGUGAAGCUACCCCCGUCUCGUCGCCGUACGGCUCGCCUUCGAGUUCUCCAAGGCCCAGUCCUCCGUCGUCUCCGAGGACCAGACGUCAGACCCUCGGCAGGCCUGAAUGGGCGUCCCGGUUUCUGGCCCCGGGGAUUUACUCCUAUCUGACUAUACCCAUAGUCAUCGGUUGUCCAUUUCAGACGGCCUUCAGGAGCCGCCUCAUGGAGCGGGAGGACUCGCGUUGCGCCAUCACAGGCAUGCCAAAUACCACUUCUUCUCCCGACGAACCUUCGGGGCCGUUAGAGGCUGCCCAUGUCUUCCCAUAUGCCCUGAGGAAUAUUGUUCGUGGCCUCUCGUCGCUGCUUUAUCCGCCAGAAUUCUUUGAGGUUCUUCGAGGCGGCAUGGAGAUCGACAGCCCCAGAAAUGGGGUUUUGAUAUCGGCCGCUCUCCAUCGGCAGACGUUUGGGGAGUAUUUCCAUCUCGAGCACCGUGACGGCCGGUACUUCGUGCGGCAACUCAGGCGGUUUUGGCUGAUCGGGCCUGACACGUUGCCGGACACGAUCCAAUUUCUCUCGUCGCAGCACGAGCCCCCACAUCCCGUCUUGGUGAACGUCCACGCAUUGAUAGCAAUCAUCAAGUUCCGGGCUUCCCAAGCCGAACUUUGGAAAGCAGCGGGCGAGCGGGACGAUUUGUUCCCAAGAGACGAAGAAGCGCAGCUACAAAGAGCGGACAGCGAGACUAUCCCACCUUUAGAGAUCUGAGAAAAGUCUUCGACGAUUGUCCCAGGCGCAAUAAGAUCACGUCAUUUGUUUGGUUUUAUCCACUGGCCACAUGUUCUGAAC